CUCAGAUGUCGAUUCAAUUGUAAUUAGUUUUUAGACAAAAGUGAUUAAAGUGAAACUUUUUCCAAUCGUUCUACUGAGACAAAUCAAUGGUCAUGGAUAAAUUGGAGGAAAAUAAUUCGAAUCAUGAUCGAAGUGGCCUAAAGAAACCUCUGAUUCCAUAUCGGUAUUUUGUAAUGUUCAUGGUUCUAAUUGCGGCAACGGUAAUUUUGGCCGUUAGAUGUACAAUUAAUGUGGCAAUGAUUGCGAUGGUUGGUAAAUCAAAGGACAACAAUUUAACUGGAACAAUUAAUGAGAAACACUUUGAUUGGAAUCAACGUGAACAAGGAACCAUAUUGGGCUCUUAUUAUUAUACUUAUGCGACAAUUCAAAUUUUUGCCGGACUUUUGGCCGAUAAAUUUAACGUUGUCCAUUUAUUGGCCUUAUCUCAAGUGAUCGCGACCCUUUGUACUUUUGCCAUACCAGUGGCCGCUUCAUAUUCAAUUUAUCACUUAGUUGCAGUACGAAUGACCAUGGGCUUGGUCCAUGGGGUCACUUGGCCGUGUUUGUAUAAUCUAAUUGAAAAUUGGUUUCCACCCACCGAAGUUGGACUUGCUCAAGGUUUGGCCGCCGCUGGUUCUGAUUUUGGUACCGCUUUAACCUCCGUCUUUGCCGCCUGGAUAAGUACACGGGGAAUCUGGGGUGGUUGGCCUGCUGCUUUCUACUUCAUGGGAAUAAUUAAUCUCGUCUUCGGCCUCAUUUGGGCAACAAUGAUCACUCGAGAUCCAUUUUCCAAUCGAUUUGUGUCCGAUCAUGAGAAACAACAAUUAUCUCUGAUCGUUACUAAUAAGAAAGUCAAACAACCAAAGAUUGCAACUCCUUGGAUUAAGAUUCUUACAUCAUUACCCCUUUGGUCCGUUAUAAUUACCAAGGGUACUAUUGGAUUAGCUUAUUCAGUGAUUAACAGUAAGAUUCCAGUUUAUCUUGAUUCGGUUCUCGGUUAUAAGCUUGAAAAUAAUGGCCUGAUCAAUGCGCUUUUUUAUAUUGCCGUUGGUUCAUCGCAACUUGUUUGUGGCCCAUUAUCAAAGUACAUAAUUACCAAAGGUUGGAUCGGUAAAACUAUAACCAGGAAACUUUUUGAAACUAUUGCUCUUUCUGGUAUAAUUGCAAGUUUAAUCACAGUUUGUUAUCUUGGGGAUAAUGCCCGUUUAAUUGUGGUCUGUUUGGUUAUGUCCAUGUUUUUUUAUGGGUUCAAUUUGGGCGGUGAUGUGCCCAUAGUGCCAGAAAUGGCUCCACAUUUGGUUGGAACGGCUUUUGGAUUCGCAAAUACAUUGGCCUGUGCUUCGGGUUUCAUUGCUCCUGCUUUAAUCGGUGCGAUUCUUGGGGAUGAGGCGGGUUCACAAGCUAAAUGGAUUCUCGCUUUUCAAAUUGUCGCUGGAUUACAAUUUGUAGCCCUCAUAUUGUUUGGUACUUUUGCCACCGCCGAACCACAAUCUUGGGGUAAAAUUAAAGAUCCAAAUGAAAAAGAUGAACCCUCGGUGUGGAUACAAAAAAUUGACAACAAUUAACGGCAAUUAAUCAACUCUCUGUUCAAUUAAAAAUCUCUAAAUCAAAAUGAAACAAUUUAACGUGACAUUUGAUUGAUUCAAUGUUGAUAAUUUAUUUCCACUCCUUAAUGACGACUAAAUUGUACUGAUAAUUAAUAAUUUAUGUAAGUUGAUUAA